AUUUACUUUAGACACAUCUAGAUAGUUGCAGUUGGUGUUUUUAAAGGUUUCAGUUGUUAUUAAUAAUCACGGCUUACAAUGGAAAUCUUUAUUAAAUAUGUAUCUCUUACAGUAUAUUAUCUCUGGAUCCCUGGCUGUUGCAGCUGAGAAUACCCGCAGAAGAGAUCUGGUGAAGGCAUGUUUGGGAAUGAACGUUGUCAGUUCUAUUUUUGCUGGAGUUGGAUUUAUUCUCUAUUCAAUAAGGGUUUCAUUAGUAUCUUUCCACAUACUAACCAUACAUGUAGGCAUUCUGGCAGUUCUUCUGGUGCUGAACAUUUUGGAGCUGUGCAUCGCUAUCGCUACAUCAGCCUUUGGAUGCAAAUCUGAAUGCCGUUACACUGCCAUGCCAGAGGUUGUUUUUCAACAGGUAUGAAUACAGUGACCUGGGUGCAGAUUUGUUCAAUCGAACUAUAAGAAGCAUGCAGUCAAGAAGACAACUGUCCCUCCGCCUCCUCUAGCAAAGCUUAGCCAGCGCUAAAGACUUAAUAUCUGCAAGGUUUUAUCAUCAGAACAAGUUAUAAAGAACAAUGAAAUCCUCCCAUGUUUAAACUGUUGGGGAAUUGGUAUUGAUAUGAAAAUGGAAAUGUGUUAAUUUGCUUUGGAUCGUUUGUUUGUUUUGCUUAGAAUUUCAGUAAGAUCAUUUGUAUUUUAAUUAUAAGUUAAAAGUUGAAAUGUCUCACAUCUUCAGUAAUGAUAUUGUGUUUAUAUUUUAAUAUGUUUUCAGUAAAAAUAAUGAUAAAGAAACAUGGUAGGCAAAUGGUGUACAGAAGUGAGACGUUGAGAUAUGUGUUGGUAUGGAUGAUAUGUUGCUUUGCUUAAUAAAAAAAUUAAAAAAAAACGUUCUUACUAUGUUCAUAUGC